CCACGGUGCUCGGCCAACGCACGCGAACGUGAUCGGACUCACAGCGUGAACACGGCAUUUGUCACGCUGAGGACAUUAAUCCCCACAGGUAUGUUACAGUUAUUCUACAUUCUGCAUUGGAAUGUGAUAUUAUUCAUUUUUGAUUUCACUGCUCAUAAAUGUAAUAAUAAGGUGCAACUUUCAAUAUAGAGUUAAUUUACCAACUUUAACAUAUAAAAAGAAAGUUUAUUAAAUUUAAAUUAAAAUAAAUUGAUUAUUAAUUGUUUAUUUCAAUGCUCGUAGCAUUUUAUAUUAUAUUGGUUAAAUGGUUGAUACAUUCAAUAAAAUCUGUACAAGGAAUGUAGACCACAGAACCCGUCGUUUCAUAUGCAGACAGAAUUUAUCUUAACACAAUCCUCUCAGCUCAUUAAAUAACAGAUAAUUUGAAUUCUAAAAGUAUAUAGUCAACAAAUUAAAGGAACCAUAUUUAAAUAGCUUUCAUCUAUGUAUUUUAAUCUGAGUAUAUAUCUAUAAUUAUGUUAUCACUGUAACGGACCCCAAACGAGUGAAAAGGCAGAUAUUUUUUUUUUAAAUUCAGUAAAAAAUUCGAUUUCAUUGUGAAGGCUUAACAGCCACACGAAUUUAAUAUAUAUAAAAAGUUCCACCCUUGAAGGUAUCAUAUUUCUUGUGUGACGUCAUCCUACGGAGCAGACAAGAUCUAAUAAUCCUUUUCAAUAUUUUCGUAUUUUCAUAAGUAAAAAUUACACGUGUAAGGGGAAACCAAUCUCGAUAAAUCCUUUCAAAAUAAGACACAUAUUAAUGUGACUAAAUCAUCCCCCACCCCCCCACACACGCACCCACACAUUUAAAAAUUGAUGACAUUGUGACUUUAAAAAGGACACCGCGUCUUCACUAAUACGAUGUCAUAGCUUCAACGAUUUUAUUAGAAAAUUUGUAAUAUCUCAAUACGGAACCAGAAAGUAAAAUGUUAAUUAAAUAGACUCUUAUCACAAACACACACACACACACACGCGCGCGCACACACACACACGCACACACACACACACACACACACACACACGUACGCACAAAAAAAAAACUAAUUCUCAAAACAUUAUCUAUUAAAUACUAUUAUUAAAAGAAUAACUAAAAUAUUUGGAUUUUUUUGGAGAUCUUUUUUCUCAUUAUAAAGGAAACAGUGAUGUUAAUUACAUAACAGAAAUAACAUUUAUAAUAAUAAAUUUAAUAAUAAUGUUAUCAUUUGUAAUAUAAUAAUAAAGUAUAACGGUAAUAACAGAAACCAAUGCACACACACAGAUGAACACGUAUAAAUAAUCCGUUUAUAAAGAAUACAUUUUUAAAAUAACGGUUGUAAUAGAUUUAUAUUGCAAUAUCGUAUAUUUAUGUGUGCUGUUUUAUUGAUAUACAAAAUUAGUCAAAUUGUUUUGUCAUUUCUAUUUAAAUUUUUCUAUUUUCACAUGUUUACAUUGAUCACAAAAUAUUUAGGGAAAAUAAAUUAAAUGAAUUAUUUCAUAUUGUUUGGAGCAUUUUGUCACAGAAGAGAUGGUAUUGUGAGAUAUGGCCCGUACUUAUGGUCACUUAUGGUCAUGUACCACGUAGUUCCUCUCUGUGAUGGUUCACUAAUCCAGGCGUUGAGAAGUACGACCAAGAUAACACAGAACACGAAUGAAUGACUAAACAACUCCUCAUUAACAGUUAUAAGUAAAAAGAUGUAUUGAUCACUAUAAUAAGAUUGCAAUGUCUCUUUUCUAACUGUCAACAAAUCGCUAUCUAUCCCUAAUGCUAUCUCUGACUACAGCUAGUAAUACUACGUCUGUUACAACAGAACGACCGUCCACGAAUCUCUCCGUCUGUCUUAUGUCACGUGGAGUUCUAUGUUAUAUACCAUUCUCUACCUCCCUUGGUGGUCCAGGAAUGCUGUCAAUUAACCCAUCCAUACACCCCUCAUUUCCGGUCAAUUUGGAACUUCCGUCGUCCACACCAAAAUUAUCACGCGAAGUCUGGAAGGCCCGAGACAUAAUAUUUUGCAAAAAACGUGCCCCUAAUCUUAAAGACACGAGAAUCUAUUAACCUUACCCCAUGCGUCUAUCAACUCCCUCCCCAAAAUCACAGCAAUUUCCGUCCACCCCAUAACUUAUCUGAAGAACAAUGUGGGUCUGUUGUUAACCCCCGCCCCAGUCAUUCGUGACACCUUUGCAUUGAAUUUACACAUGUGCAGACCUAGUAAAAUAUUAUAGAGAAAGGGACAUCACAAGAAAUAUACUGGAGCCUAGGGCGCUUUCAAUAAAUAUCACUGUUACAUCACAAGACAGUCAAAAAGCUGACAUGGAUAUAAAAAACUGAAUAAAAAUAAAAUUGCCACAAAUAUAUAUUACAUUAUAUUAUAUUGAUUAAAAUGAUCAUUUCAAACAUUUUACGUUAUUCUCAAGUAAACUUUUGUGAACGCCCUUGAAGAAUAAAAAACAUAAAUAUCUUAAUCUGAAAGCUUGAGAGGCGCGACUAUUUGACGCUCUAAAACCACCUGAUGGGACUAAAUUGAAUUAGUAUCUGCGUUUUCUUUUUGUUUGGAAAUAACAUUCCUGUGCUUCUAAUCGGGGACAGCUACACAGAUAUCACACAACUCAGCCUAAAUGUGGACAUCAAUCAACCGAAAUUAUUCGGAUUCUCGCUGGACCUAUGGCUUAUGCGAUAUACAACAGUGCAGCCGUGGGCACAAAAUGAUUUCAGUCUCUUCAUCCUAAUUAAUUCAGAGCCAUUUGGGAUCUGGUGUUAAGCAAUCUAGCAGUUCUAAUUAAACAAUCUAGCAGUUCUAAUUAAGCAAUCUAGCAGUUCUAAUUAAACAAUCUAGCAGUUCUAAUUAAACAAUCUAGCAAUUCUAAUUAAGCAAUCUAGCAGUUCUAAUUAAGCAAUCUAGCAGUUCUAAUUAAGCAAUCUAGCAGUUCUAAUUAAGCAAUCUAGCAGUUCUAAUUAAGCAAUCUAGCAGUUCUAAUUAAGCAAUCUAGCAGUUCUAAUUAAUUCAGAGCCAUUUGGGAUCUGGUGUUAAGCAAUCUAGCAGUUCUAAUUACGCAAUCUAGCAGUUCUAAUUAAUUCAGAGCCAUUUGGGAUCUGGUGUUAAAUAGUCUAGCAGUUUCAAAACAUUAACGAAGUGCACUGCUAACAAUUUCAGAACCCGCGGACCGCAAACUUUCCAAAAUUGAGACCCUGCGGCUGGCAGCCAGCUACAUCGCCCACCUGAGCACAGUGCUGAUGGUCGGGGCCGAGUGCUCGGAACAGCCCUGCCUCAAGCACCAGGCCAUGAUCCGGGGGCACCAGCCCAUGGAGAUGCCCAAACCCGUGUGCACUUUUUGUCUCAGCGCUGCAAGGCACAAACCGGUCAGUAGUAGUACACAAUGUACAUUUUUAUUAUUUUUU